ACACGUGUCAAACUUCAAUUGGCAUUUCCUCAUUAUCUUUCACCUCCAUCAAAUGUUGAAACCUACCGCAUCUUCGAUCCCAUAUAAUGCCAUACCGUCGAUACCGAUCUAACACAAACGCUUCAACGUGUCAUACCAAAGUCCUUGUCUGUUUUGGAUCUUGAGGAGAAAAUGGCGAGCGACCAAGUGAAACUGAUCGGCGCAUGGGCGAGUCCCUUUGUGAUGAGACCGAGGAUUGCUCUAAACCUCAAGUCUGUUCCCUACGAGUUCCUCCAGGAGACGUUUGGAUCGAAGAGCGAGUUGCUUCUCAAAUCAAACCCGGUUCACAAGAAGAUUCCGGUUCUGCUUCACGCUGACAAACCGGUCUGUGAGUCCAACAUCAUCGUUGAGUAUAUUGAUGAGACUUGGAGCUCAUCUGGACCGUCCAUUCUCCCUUCCCAUCCUUACGACCGGGCAAUGGCCCGGUUCUGGGCUGCUUACAUCGACGAAAAGUGGUUUGUCUCUCUAAGAAGCAUCCAAACAGCUGAAGGAGAAGAAGAGAAGAAAGCGGUGCUAGCUCAAGUGGAUGAAGGGACAGCGAUUCUCGAGAAGGCCUUCAUCGAUUGCAGCAAAGGAAAACCCUUCUUCAAUGGUGAUCACAUCGGUUACCUCGACAUUGCCUUCGGGUGCUUCUUGGGUUGGUUAAGAGUCACCGAGUUGGCAGCUGGUCAUAAACUUCUUGAUGAGACCAAGACCCCUUCUCUGUCCAAAUGGGCUGACCGGUUCUGUGAUGAUCCUGCUGUGAAACCUGUCAUGCCCGACACUGCAAAACUCGCUGAAUUCGCUCAGAAGAUCUUUGCCAAGCCACAGCCCUAAUCAAGUUGAUGGUGUGGAUUUGUGGGAUGAGAUCUUGCAAGAAUAAAUGAAGAGGGUUACUUAUUUCUAGAUGUUUUUUCUACGUUUUGGUGUGCGUUAUAGUUAUUUUGAACUUUAAGUUUGUACCAUACUUGGUGAAUGAAUCUUUAUGUGGAUUGAGAAGCAAGAGAACGAUAUCUAGCAAAAUCCCACAUUGUAAUGAUAGGUGAUUAACUAUCACUAAGUGGCUAAUUAUCACUAAAGCGUUCCAUACUGUAAAGGUGGAUGAAUAGUAAAUAGCUUCUAAGUUCAAACCCACAAGCUAGCUUUUGAAGAAAAAAUAGUUCUUAAUUCUAAG